UCGUGGGACUCAGUUUCUCCAUCCCUGAAAUCAAAGGGAUUUCCUCUGGGCCAUCUAAAAAUGCUUUUUGAGCAUACUGGAUAAGAGCUGACCUAUCUACCUGUGUGGGACCUCCAUCCUCUCAACUCCUCUGUCUUCUGAUGGCAUUUUGAUUGCAUUGAGGCCAAGUGACUGACAAUGAGUGAUGAAAAGAACCUUGGUGUGUCCCAGAAAUUGGUCUCACCUUCAAGGAGCACAAGUAGCUGCUCCUCCAAGCAGGGAAGUCGACAGGACAGCUGGGAAGUGGUGGAAGGACUGAGGGGGGAGAUGAAUUACACCCAGGAGCCGCCUGUUCAGAAAGGAUUUUUGCUGAAAAAGAGGAAAUGGCCCUUAAAAGGCUGGCACAAGAGAUUUUUCUACCUCGACAAAGGAAUCUUGAAAUAUGCCAAGAGCCAAACGGAUAUAGAAAGAGAAAAGCUGCACGGCUGUAUUGACGUGGGGCUCUCGGUCAUGUCUGUAAAGAAGUCAUCCAAGUGCAUUGAUCUUGACACAGAGGAGCACAUCUACCAUCUGAAGGUGAAGUCAGAAGAAGUCUUUGAUGAGUGGGUAUCCAAACUUCGUCACCAUAGAAUGUAUCGCCAGAAUGAAAUCGCCAUGUUUCCACAUGAAGUUAAUCACUUUUUCCCAGGGUCGACUGUCACAGAUUCUGCACCUGGGACAUUUGACUCCAUUUCUAAUAGGAAGCGUAGCAGUAUAUCAAAGCAGAAUUCAUUUCAAACUGGAAGCAAUUUAUCAUUUUCUUGUGGUGGAGAGACACGAGUUCCUUUAUGGCUACAGUCUUCAGAGGAUAUGGAAAAAUGCUCAAAAGACCUGGCACACUGCCAUGCUUACCUGGUGGAAAUGAGCCAGCUGCUACAAAGUAUGGACGUCUUGCAUCGGACGUACUCGGCUCCUGCCAUCAAUGCCAUCCAGGGUGGAGUUUUUGAAAGUCCCAAAAAGGAAAAAAGAUCACACAGGAGGUGGCGGUCCAGAGCUAUUGGCAAAGAUGCUAAAGGAACGCUGCAGGUCCCUAAACCUUUUUCUGGCCCUGUAAGACUACACUCCUCCAAUCCUAAUCUGUCAACACUAGAUUUUGGAGAAGAUAAAAAUUAUUCUGAUGGUUCUGAAACCUCAUCAGAGUUUUCUAAAAUGCAGGAAGAUCUGUGUCAUGUUGCCCAUAAAGUUUACUUCGCCUUAAGGUCAGCUUUUAAUACCAUAUCAACGGAGAGAGAGAAACUGAAGCAGCUGAUGGAUCAGGAUGCCACCUCCUCCCCUUCUGCUCAGGUCAUCGGUCUGAAGCACGCUCUGUCAUCCGCCCUAGCACAAAACACAGAUCUUAAAGAACGCUUACGCAGAAUCCAUGCCGAGUCUCUGCUCCUCGACUCGCCCGCUGUUGCCAAACUGGGUGACAAUCUGGCAGAGGAAAACUCCAGAGAUGAAAACCGAGCUCUGGUUCACCAGCUUUCCAACGAAAGCAGGCUCUCCAUCACUGACUCCCUUUCGGAGUUUUUUGAUGCACAGGAAGUUCUGUUGUCACCAAGCUCUUCAGAAAAUGAGAUCUCUGAUGACGAUUCAUAUGUCAGUGACAUAAGUGAUAAUCUUUCCUUGGAUAAUCUCAGUAAUGAUUUAGAUAAUGAAAGACAGACCUUGGGGCCUGUUCUUGAAAGUGGUGGGGAAGCAAGGUCCAAAAGAAGAACUUGCCUGCCGGCGCCAGGUCCCAACACCAGUAACAUCAGCUUGUGGAACAUUCUGCGAAACAAUAUCGGGAAGGACCUGUCCAAAGUGGCCAUGCCAGUGGAGCUCAAUGAGCCCCUGAACACGCUGCAGAGGCUCUGUGAGGAGCUGGAGUACAGUGAGCUGCUGGACAAGGCUGCACAAAUCCCCAGUCCCCUGGAAAGGAUGGUGUAUGUGGCUGCCUUUGCCGUAUCAGCGUAUGCGUCUAGCUACUUCCGAGCUGGGAGCAAGCCAUUUAACCCGGUCCUUGGAGAAACGUAUGAGUGCAUUCGAGAGGACAAGGGCUUCAGUUUUUUUUCAGAACAGGUCAGCCACCAUCCACCUAUCUCUGCAUGUCACGCUGAAUCUGGAAAUUUUGUUUUCUGGCAAGAUGUGAGAUGGAAAAACAAAUUCUGGGGUAAAUCCAUGGAAAUUGUUCCUAUUGGCACAACCCAUGUGACUCUGCCAGCUUUUGGAGAUCAUUUUGAGUGGAACAAAGUGACCUCUUGCAUCCACAACAUCUUAAGUGGACAGAGGUGGAUUGAGCACUACGGAGAGAUCGUCAUCAAGAACCUGAAUGACGAUUCCUGCCACUGCAAAGUGAAUUUCAUAAAGGCAAAAUACUGGAGUACUAAUGCCCACGAGAUCGAAGGCACGGUAUUUGACAGGAGUGGAAAAGCAGUGCACAGGCUCUUUGGGAAAUGGCAUGAGAGCAUCUACUGCGGGGGCUCCUCCUCAUCCAUGUGCCUCUGGCGAGCAAAUCCCAUGCCAAAAGGAUAUGAGCAAUAUUAUGGCUUCACACAGUUUGCAUUGGAGUUAAAUGAAAUGGACUCCUUGUCAAAGUCUUUAUUGCCCCCGACUGACACUCGGUUUAGACCAGAUCAAAGAUUUCUAGAAGAAGGGAACAUAGAAGAAGCUGAAAUACAAAAGCAGAGAAUUGAACAGCUACAGAGAGAAAGGCGGAAGGUCUUAGAAGAAAAUAACGUGGAACACCAGCCUCAGUUUUUCAGGAAAUCCAGUGACGACUCUUGGGUGAGCAACGGCACCUAUUUGGAACUUAGAAAAGAUCUUGGUUUUUCCAAACUGGACCAUCCUGUCUUGUGGUAA